AUGUAUGUCCAUAGUCACCUAGUUCCUUCAACUAAUAACGGGGAUUUCGAUGACCGGAGACCUCCCCCGCACACCAGAUCGGUAACAGCCUUGUCUACUUGUACAUUAAAACUCUUAAAAUCAUCUCGGAUUUCAGAAACUCAAACCCCAGCAUAUUGCUCGGAUUGCAGCUUGGCAUUUCGCUCUUUACUGUUUUGUCAUUACUUAUAUGCUCAUCGGCGCUUACAUAUUCCACUACUUGGAAGGAGAAACGGAAAUAGAACGACACCGACACCAUAUCUUGGCAAUAAAGUCAUUUAAAUCAAUAUUCAUACAGAGCACCGAGAAUAGAACCGUAAGUUUUACACCUAUCUCAAUUACUCCUUUAGAGGGAACAAAUCGAGUAUUCUCUCCGGCACUUUAUGGAGAACAUAUCGACCCUUCACAUCAGUAUUGAGAACUACCUUUUGUUCGAUAACCCUCAAUCUACCGUACCAAAACGAUGGACCUUUCCUUCGUGUGUUUUAUUUUCCUUCACCAUCCUGACCACAAUUGGUUAUGGAAAUGUGGCGCCCACAACUCGAGCUUCUCAGAUAUUCACCAUGGUUUAUGGGGCAUUUGGCAUACCAUUAUUCCUGAUAACUAUUGCCGAUGUGGGAAGGUUCUUCAAAACAUUCAUCAUGUACAUCGUACAAUUAAUUUAUAGAAAGGAAAUAAAAAAACAAGGUGAACGCAAAUUGCUGCGUGAAAUUGGUGAGGUAAGAAUAGACCGGGUCACUGUUUUAGUGCCUUCUCACACAUCUCUUUUCAGGUAAUACUAGUCGCCAUUUUGUUCUUGGCGUUUAUAGCGGCCGGGUCGGCCGUACUUCCUUUAUGGGAACAUGAACUGACUUACUUUGAUAGCGUUUACUUCUCAUAUAUGAGUCUAUCUACCAUCGGGUUGGGUGAUAUUGUCCCCCGACGAAUGGAAUUCCUUCUACCGACGUUACUUUACAUUACAAUUGGUCUCUGGCUGACCACGGCUCUUGUUGAACAGCUAGCUGAUGUGUUUAGACUUGUUCAUUAUGCUGGAAGACAUGUUAGCAAUGUAAAAGGGGUAAGUCUUCCGUGCUUACCUGAAUAUAGCCCAUUUUGAAUCAAUGUCUUGCCAAACAAAUUUCUGAUGAAAGCCUCGCACAGAAAAAUCGAUAUAAAAAAUUUAUUCGAGGCGACCAGUAACCCCGCGGAGAGCGUUCUCGGAGGAUAGGUUACCCUUAGCCAAUAGGUUACCCCGGCGGAUACGUUACCUUAACGUCUAAAAGAGUUAUAAGUCGAAAAAAUUUCAAAAAGAAUCCCUAAAGGUAGUAACAGUAAUAGAAACCCGGUUUUCCUAUUCAGUCAGCUCAAAAACAUUUCAAAUUUUGUUCAAUUUUCACAAAAAAUUCUUUUUUCCACUCCCGCAGCGAAAAUCCCCUAGGUAGCCUAUCCGGUGGGUAACCUAUCCUCCCCAAAUCCGCGGAUAGGUUACCCCGGAGGACAGUUACCGGUUGGACAGGUAACCAUUAAGGUUACCAUUUAAAAGGCGCUACGACAUUUCGGGUCAGGGACAACUCGGGUCGCGACAACUCGGGUCAACGACACCUCGGGUCAACGACAUUUCGGGUCAACGAUACAUUUUCGCUUCGGGACUUGGAAAAAAGAAUUUUUUGGUGAAUUUGAGAAAUUUUUGAAAUACUUUCGCUUCGGGGCUUGGAAAAAAGAUUUUUUUGAGAGUUUGAACAAUUUUUUGCAAUGUUUUCGCUUCGGGACUGGGGAAAAAGAAUUUUUUGGUAAAUUUGAAAAAUUUCUGAAAUGUUUUCGCUUCGGGACUUGGAAAAAAGAAUUUUUGAGAGUUUGAACAAAUUUUUGAAAUGUUUUCGCUUCAAGAACUGGGGAAAAGAAUUUUUUGGAGAAUUGAGGUUUAUUUUUAAAAUUUUUUUAGGAAAAUAGUGUAUAAGCGACGAGUAAAUAAGAAAAUCGUAUCCAUUGUCUAUGUUUUUAACUGGAAGCACGGGAUUUAAACGCAGACAGUGCCAGAGAGUUGAGUAAGAAGAUAGUCGCAAUGAUUGUAUGCACAUAACGAUUUUCUUAUUUCCUCCUCGCUUAUAAACACUAUUUUCCCAAAAAAAUUUUAAAAUAAACCUCAAUUACCUCUAAAAUAACUAUUUAUCUAAAAAAUUAAAGAAAUAACAUUCGUACCUUAUGUAAAAUAAAAUAGUAACAUUCAGAACAAAAAAAUCCUUUUCCCAAUUCCCGAAGCGAAAAAUUUUCAAAAAUUUGUUCAAACUCUCCAAAAAUCCUUUUUCCCACGUCCCGAAGCGAAAACAUUUCAAAAAUUUCUCAAAUUCACCAAAAAAUUCUUUUUUCCAAGUCCCGAAGCGAAAACAUUUCAAAAAUUUCUCAAAUUCACCAAAAAAUUCUUUUUUCCAAGUCCCGAAGCGAAAAUGUAUCGUUGACCCGAAAUGUCGUUGACCCGAGGUGUCGUUGACCCGAAGUGUCGUUGACCCGAGUUGUCGUUGACCCGAGUUGUCCCUGACCCGAAAUGUCGGGACGCGAUUUAAAAAACAAACGAUUUUUUAAAACUCAAUUUCUGAGUCACUGAAUCUGCCGCCAGUUAGGCGUGGACAUUCAAAAAAAUCGAUUUUGAGAUUUUUGUUUUAAAAUGACCGGGGGCAUCCUACUAACAUAUUACCAUCACAUUUUUGCCCAAUUCUCCCGUUAACCUACUGUAAUUUACAAUAAUACGAUUUUACAGUAAUCGGGUAUUACUCAAAAAGUACGCAUCGUAAUUGGCUGAAAUCGGUACUGUAAAGGUUUUGACACCUUGGCAUUACAAUGGAUGUCGAAUUUUGGCUGUCGGGUUACUGUAACACAGUGAAACCUUUGUUCGGCCGCACAAAAUCGGCCAUAAAAAAUUUGUUUCUGAAAACCCACAGCCAAUUUUUGGAUAUGUUAAUAAGCAUAAAAUUCUGCUAUAGAAACAUUAAAAAAAAGUGCAAAAAGUCAUAACACCAUUUUCGUGGUAUAGUGGAUUUUAGUCAAAAUUUGUAAUCUGAAGGUCCCGGGUUCGAUUCCCACUGGACGAAAAAUUGGAGAAACUGCAUAAAACCUUAUUAAAUCGACCAAGAUGGGUUUGUUGGACAUACUUAGGUCAUAUAAGGCUAUAUCCAAGGCGGUAAUUUAAAUUUUAACCUAUUUUUUGAAGGUAAAAUCAGCGCUUUGCUUUUAUUGGAUUUUCCAGCAAGCUCAGUGGCAGAAAACCGGUAAAACUAAAAUACAUAGGGUUUUCGAGCAUACUCAAUUCAACGAAAGAGAUUUUUCGGAGCCAAGGUUACUGUAACAUAGAAAAACAAGGUUUCGGCCGUUAAAAAUCGACCGUAAAAUUUUUCUUUUUACCGUCAAGCUGACAGUUGUUGGAUUUUCGGAAUCACCGUAAAAUUCUGCUCUAGAAAAAAUCAAGAAACGAUCUUUUUAUAUACAACACUAAAUUUUGUGGGGAAUUACUUUUAAACUUUAAAAUUGUAAAUAAAACUAUGUUAAGGAAGGAAUUAGAGUAAAAUAGUUUAAGGACACGUUUAAGCCGCGAAUUCAAUUAAUUGUAGGCCAAAAACCCAAAAAAAAAAUUUUUUUAUUUUUGCGCAAGAUUUAUGAACUUGGAAAUUUCGGGGCAAGUGUAAAAAAUUUGUAAAAUGCAAAAAAUUGAGUUAAGAUACAGUAUAACAUGUCUCUAGAGCAGAAUUUUACGGUGAUUCCGAAAAUCCAACAACUGUCAGCUUGACGUUAAAAAGAAAAAUUUUACGGCCGAUUUUUAACGGCCGAAACCUUGUUUUUCUAUGUUACAGUAACCUUGGCUCCGAAAAAUCUCUUUCGUUGAAUUGAGUAUGCUCGAAAACCCUAUGUAUUUUAGUUUUACCGGUUUUCUGCCACUGAGCUUGCUGGAAAAUCCAAUAAAAGCAAAGCGCUGAUUUUACCUUCAAAAAAUAGGUUAAAAUUUAAAUUACCGCCUUGGAUAUAGCCUUAUAUGACCUAAGUAUGUCCAACAAACCCAUCUUGGUCGAUUUAAUAAGGUUUUAUGCAGUUUCUCCAAUUUUUCGUCCAGUGGGAAUCGAACCCGGGACCUUCAGAUUACAAAUUUUGACCAAAAUCCACUAUACCACGAAAAUGGUGUUAUGACUUUUUGCACUUUUUUUUAAUGUUUCUAUAGCAGAAUUUUAUGCUUAUUAACAUAUCCAAAAAUUGGCUGUGGGUUUUCAGAAACAAAUUUUUUAUGGCCGAUUUUGUGCGGCCGAACAAAGGUUUCACUGUGUUACAGUAACCCGACAGCCAAAAUUCGACAUCCAUUGUAAUGCCAAGGUGUCAAAACCUUUACAGUACCGAUUUCAGCCAAUUACGAUGCGUACUUUUUGAGUAAUACCCGAUUACUGUAAAAUCGUAUUAUUGUAAAUUACAGUAGGUUAACGGGAGAAUUGGGCAAAAAUGUUAUGGUAAUAUGUUAGUAGGAUGCCCCCGGUCAUUUUAAAACAAAAAUCUCAAAAUCGAUUUUUUUGAAUGUCCACGGCUGAUACAGUGACUCAGAAAUCGUGUUUUAAAUGUUUUGCUUCGAGAUAGAAAUUUAAAAAUAUUGAAUAAAAUUUGAAGUUUUCGCUUCGAUAAAAACAGGAAAGGACUUUUUGUUGAAAACAAACGUUUAAAACAGAGUUUUUUACAAACUGAAGCUUCCAUCCACGGGGCCGAACAUUGUUGCAACAACCAUCAUCAAGUUUCACGAAACUUGGCCAGUAGAACGGCCUGAGCAUGCUGAUAAAAAGCGUUAACGGGUUUUGCGAAAUUUUAACCAUUCCGGUAUUACUGUAACAUUUUUCCUUUUAAUUAUAAAGCGGCCAUUGUCCUGACCCGGAUGAUGGUUCUAUGAGUUCAGCACUUCUUGUGCAGCUGUUUUCGACCUUGGCCAACAUUUUUCGAAUUGAAACACUUUUUGUAUCUUUCAUCUUUCGGUAUCAAUGUAACCUUCACCAUAUCAGUCUGUCGGAAAAAUAACGGCGGAUUGUCGCAUCAAAAUGUCUCGCCUCGCCGCUGUCGCGCACCAAAUCCCAAGCCGCGGCUUGCAGUCGCAAAGCGAUGAUGGGCGAUUCGGAGGCGCGGCGAUCCGCCGUUUUUUUCCCGACAGACCGAUACUAUAUCGAUUACUAUCAAAAAUUGAAAAGAGUAUAACACGUUUUUAAGUUUGAUUAUAAAGAUUAUAAACACACUCUCCGUAAAAUAAGACAAGAAAAUUCAAAAUAAAAACAUAAGUUUUUGAGAUACCCGUUCAAAGUUACUAUGUUCAGUUACUGUAGGACUUAAAUGAAUAUGAAUAUUUCAAACGAUGCCAUUGAAAUAAUAGCAACUUAUCCUCCGUUGUGAACACGGAGUAACCCCCUUGGCUAGCUAAUUUCGAAAAUUUCAAUUUGACGGUCAACAUGACAGAACAAUUUGUUGACAUGGCGAAAAUCACGGGAAUUUGACAACUUGACUGAUGCGUCAAAUUGAUGACUGAUUAUAAUAACCCUAGGCGUACAGCCUCAUUUUUUAUUUUUGGUCGUGAUUUCAACGGAUGUUGAUUCCGUUUAGAAAAUAUAGCCCUUCUAUACUGGUUAACAAAAUUAUCUUUCCACCUCGUAUCUCGGGAACGGCUGGGCCAAGAACAUCCAAAUUCGGCACAGAAACAUCAUGGGACAAUCUAACACCACACCCAAAAAAUCACAUCAAUUGAUGCACUUUCAAUGCACUUUUUAUGCAAACGGCAGGGAAAGUUUCUUUCCACCGCGUGUAAAUCAUAAGCCAGAGGGUGUUAUGGCAUGAUUGUGGUGUCGUUGUGAUCGCGAAGAACUCCUCUUUCGAUCCGUGUCACAAUUUUACAGGAGCUUUCGUUUGUUCGCCCUUGGGCGUCUGCUCAUCGUUUUGGGUGUGGUGUUAGAUUGUCCCAUGAUGUUUCUAUGCCGAAUUUGGAGGUUCUAGGCCCAGCGGUUCCCGAGAUACGAGGUGGAAAGAAAAUUUUGUCGACCAGUAUAAUAUUUUUUGAGGGUAGCAGUCCGUUCGUAAAGUCGCUGGAGUGAAUUUCGCAACAUUCGCUGUGCAAUUUUCGGCUUUUUGCACCGUGCAAUAGGUUUUUUUCGUCUGUCGCUUGCACCCUGACUUUUCUUGCACAGUGCACGUCGCCGAAAUCACUCCAGCGACUUUGCGAACGAACUAAUAUUUCCACCUGGAUCCAAUCGACAAAAUUUUAUUUCCGGUAAGUUUUACCCAAAAUACCGAAGAUUUUCUAAAUUUGCCAAAAGCUACCGUAUAGCCGGUGGCUACAGUAACCUUUUCGCAUAAACAGUGAAUAACAGUUGUGACAUAAACAAACUACAGUACCAAUAGGUCGCUAUCUGCUACAACUGCUGAGAAAACCCCAGCUCUAUCAUUUUGACGCGUCGAACGACGAGGGAAGUUAUGGUGGCUGUAUCACGGUCUCCAAUGUUGUUGCAGAUAUGCAUCAUGCCGGCUUGGUCCGCCUCCCCAUAAAAGAAUAAUUCCAUAAAAAUUGAGUGGCUCUAUCAUUUUCACCGUAUGCCACUUGAGUUUUUCAGAUUACCGUCUGGUUGGGAGGCCGUCGUCUUUCAAUGGGUUCUCUGAUCCAAACAGUUUGUCGUCGAGUUGGAAUGUCCGACAAUAUAAUCUCUCAGAUAAACUGGGACCGAACAAUAGACAAGGCCCUAAAUGGAGAAGUUCCCCCGUGUGUUCCCAUUUUUCCUUGGCAUUUCGCCGACUUUAUUGAACAUGAUCCUCCUCUUAUCGACCUCAGUAUUGCUUCCAAUUCAAAUGGCGGAACCUCACGUUCUAGCUCAGGAACUAAACUUCAACGGCAAUUGUCGGCGCCUGAAUUUGGCUUGAAUCUUACAGACAUCAGCCACAUCGACGACUCACAGCCGAAAACGUUGCAAUGA